CAAUCUCGUGCUCCUCAUUACGGCUCAUUGGUCCCAACAUGCUCUCUAUCCAGCAGCGUGCCUCUGCGACAGUAGUCUCGAGGGCGGCCGCUGUGCCAAAGCGAACCUUCUUCGCCUCACCGGCACGAGGUAAGCAGAGGCUCGUCAUCCUAGGCUCUGGAUGGGGCGGAUAUGAGAUCCUGAGAGCAAUCGACAAGAAACGAUGGAAUGUCGUUAUGGUUUCUCCCAGUAAUUACUUCAACUUUACGCCGCUACUUGCUAGCUGUGCUGUUGGCACGCUCGAGUUCCGGGCAGCCGUCGAGCCAGUGCGAAAAUACACGCCAGAAGUGAUUGCGUAUACGGCGUGGUGUGACUCCAUAGAUUUCAAGCACAAGAAACUCGUAUGCAUGCCCGCCACAUCUCCCGUCAACUUUUCGGAACCUGGCGGGUCCGCAAGUAAUACCGACCCAAACGAAAGCGCGAGCGCGGUCGCAGGUAGUUCUCAGAAAUUCCAGCUGACAUACGACAAACUGGUGAUCGCCGUCGGCGCAUAUAGUCAGACGUUCAAUGUUCCAGGCGUGAAGGAGCACGCGUACUUCCUGAAGGACAUCAGCGACGCCCGACGCAUUCGCACGAGGGUGCUAGAUUGCUUCGAGCAGGCAAACCAACCAACGAUCACAGACGCAGAUCGCCGGAAGCUUCUCAACUUCUGCAUCGUCGGCGGCGGACCCACCGGUGUCGAGUUCGCCGCUGAACUACACGACUUCCUGCACACCGAUAUCGCGCGGCACUACCCCGCGCUCGCGCGCAUGGCCAAGAUCAACCUGUACGACGUCGCGCCGAGUAUCCUCGGCGGAUUCGACACCGGACUGCAGGAAUAUGCAACCAGCAAGUUCAAGCGUGAGGGAAUCAGGCUUCUUACGCAGCACCACGUCCAGCGCGUGGAGCAGGGUCGCAUGCUCGUGACGGAGGAGGGUGAAGUGAACUUCGGCCUACUCGUCUGGAGUACGGGCCUCGCACCGAACCCCCUCAUCGACUCCAUCACAGAAGCGAAGAAGGACGAGCGCACGAAGCGGACCCUCAUCACGGACGGACACCUGAACGUGGUGCUGAAAGACACGGACGCGGUGGACCCCGACGUGUUCGCGAUCGGAGACGCCGCGACUGUGGUGGACGAGCCGCUGCCCGCGACCGCACAAGUGGCGAAUCAGCAGGCGAAGUAUCUCACGCGGCGCUUGAACGCUCUCGUGCGCGACCGCACGCCCAGCAAGGCCCCGUUCAAGUUCCAGAACGCGGGCAGCCUCGCGUACGUCGGCGACUGGGAGGCCGUGUUCGACCGCACGAAGGCGGCGCGCGGGCCCAAGAAUAAGGAGACGGGCCGCCUGGCGUGGCUGCUGUGGCGCUCGGCGUACUUCACGAAGACGCUGAGCUGGCGGAACAAGAUCCUGGUGCCGAUGUACUGGUUCCUGAACUGGAUCUUUGGUCGCGACUUGAGUCGCUUCUGAGCACAUCUCAGGGGAGCGGUUGCGCUCUUGUUAGGAUAUCUAGGGCUUCGUGGCGCUGCCGCCAAACCACCUUCUCAGAGCAUAGCAUCAACUACAUAGAUUACAAUACGAUCAUUCUAUUCC